UGCAAGAUAGACCAACUGGAAGCUGUGUAUUCUGAAUGUUCUUAGUAAAAUUUCUUUCAAACUAAAUUCGAUAGGUAACGUGAUUGACAGGCCUAUACACAGCAAGGGCAUUAAGACUGAUUACAACUUUUGUGUACAUUUUACAAUAGGUGAUCAACGUUUUUUAACCAUGAUAAAGUUUGUGGUUUGCGUUCUAAUCGCCUCAGCUGUUCAUGCGCGGUUACUUAGAAAGAGACAAACUACGUGUCCGGAGAUCUGUGAUGCCUCUCGCUGUCCUCCAGAUCCUGAAUCGCGAUGUUACUAUGGUGUUGUGAAGGACAGCUGCGGAUGCUGCGCGGUGUGUGCUUCUGGAGAAGGUGACCUUUGUGGGGAGCGUGGACUCGGUGUUUGUGGCGAUGGAAUGUCAUGCGCAUAUCCAGCGGGAAAGCGAGGAGUUCGCGGUUCCUGCGUUUGCACUCUUGCAGAGCCUGUGUGCGGGAGUGAUGGAAGGACAUACCCCAGUAUAUGCCGCUUGAGAGCCGAAAACAAAAGAGCUGAACUCAGUAAAAAUCCCUCGGUCCUCUUGAUUCAGAAAGGCCACUGUGAUUCGGGUUCCCAGAAACCAGGAAGUGUCCGCUACAAAUUCAACUUCAUUGCUGAUGUGGUGGAAAAGAUAGCCCCAGCGGUUGUGCACCUAGAGCUUUUCAAGAGGUUGCCAUUUUCAAACCAGGAGGUUCCCGUGUCUAGUGGUUCAGGGUUCAUCGUGUCAGAGGAUGGCUGGAUUGUCACGAAUGCCCACGUCCUCACCAACAAGCAGAGAAUCAAAGUGGAGUUGAAAAGUGGCAUUAAAUAUGAUGCCUCCAUCAAGGAUGUGGACACAAAGCUGGACAUUGCACUGAUCAAAAUUGAGUCGGAUAGUCUACUGCCAGUGCUUCUGCUGGGCCACUCGUCUGACCUGCGUCCAGGGGAGUUUGUGGUGGCAGUUGGUAGCCCCUUCUCCCUACAGAACACUGUGACCACAGGCAUUAUCAGCACAGCCCAUAGGAAUGGCCUGGAGCUGGGACUCAGGGAUCCUGACAUGGAGUACAUCCAGACGGACGCUAUUAUCAACUAUGGCAACUCAGGGGGACCACUUGUUAACUUGGAUGGAGAAGUCAUCGGCAUAAAUACUCUGAAGGUCACAGCAGGAAUAUCCUUUGCCAUUCCGGCUGACAGAAUACGCCAGUUCCUCGCUGAUUCCUAUGACAGACAGAUCAAGGGAAAGACACUGGCAAAAAAGAAAUACAUGGGUGUCCGGAUGCUUCAGCUCUCGCCUCAUUUGGUCCGAGAACUGAGGGAGCGGGAGAGUGACUUCCCAGAUGUGACCUCAGGAGUGUACAUUUAUGAAGUUCUCCCAGGAACAGCUGCAUCCAGCGCUGGCAUGAUCAACCAUGAUGUGAUUAUCAGUAUAAACGGGCAGCCCGUCCAGACCACAGAGGAAGUGAGUGACGCUGUCCAGUCAGGGAAUCGGCUGUUGGUCGGGGUGCGGAGGGCUAAAGAAGACGUCCUGUUAGAGGUCGUCCCUGAUGAUAUCGACUGAGCGGCUGGUUCUCUCUCCCCUCUCACUGGUACUCUUGCAGGCUCCACUGCUUAUUGUCUGUUAUGACAAUGAGUGACAAGGAGCUGACAUGAGAGCACAAGCAGACGGGCGAUCACUGGUGAAAACAUUGCAAUGUGGGUUUCACAUCAUACACACAUGUGACACAGCUUCAAGACACCUCGGCAUGAAGCGUUACAUUAUUUUGGGAAGUCUUC